UUCAUUUUAACAGCACACAUUGCGAUCAUAUGACGCUUGAGGAGUGACCUCUAGUCUUCUCGUUCUCUUGAGCUCACUGUGUCAGCUAUGUUCUCCUACAGCAUCUUACUGAUUGCAGCUCUCUGUGGAGCAGCAACCAGUGACCCCAGCACUAGCACAGACCUCCUAUGGCCCCUGCCCAAUGGCAACACUGUGGGUUCUGACAUGUACAGCUUGGACAGCAAGACCUUCAUGUUUGUACCUGCUGGAAAGGGAGGGAGCAGUGACGUACUGAAGGAGGCAUUGGAGCGAUACAUGAAGCUCAUAUUUCUGCCAUCACCUGUGCCGGCUUUGGCCUCAUCGAUAACUGCACCUAUGGACAAACUGACAGUCACUGUUGACAGCAGUGACGAGACUUUGGCACUGAACACGGACAAUAGCUAUAUGCUGGACACUUCUAUGAGUAUGCUUAGUGCCAAAACAGUGUAUGGAGCAUUAAAAGGUCUUGAGACUUUCUCUCAGUUGGUGAGCACAAACAGCAUGGGUCAGUUUCAGGUCCCCUCGUUCAAGGCCAAUGACGUUCCAAGCUUCCUCUAUCGUGGGUUUAUGAUUGAUACCUCUCGCCACUUUCUGGAAAUGAAGACCAUCAUGGAUCACCUUGAUGCAAUGGCUUACAGCAAGUUCAACGUACUUCAUUGGCACAUAGUGGAUGACCAGUCCUUCCCCUACACCAGCAUUGCCUUCCCCGCCAUGAGUGUUAAGGGUGCCUAUGACCAGAACCAUAUUUACAGUCAGGACGACAUUGCUCAGGUGAUCAAAUACGCCAAGUAUCGAGGAAUUAGAGUUGUGGUUGAAUUUGACACACCGGGACAUACCCAAUCCUGGGGUAAGGGUAUACCUAAUCUCCUGACUCCGUGCUAUGCCAAUGACAAACCCACUGGUACCUAUGGACCCAUCAACCCGACUCUAGACAGUACAUGGACUUUCCUGCAUACAUUCUUCACUGAGAUCGCUCGUGUAUUCCCUGAUUCGUACAUCCACUUGGGAGGAGAUGAAGUUAGCUUUCUUUGCUGGGAGAGCAACCCUGAUAUCCAGAAGUGGAUGAAAAUGAUGAAUUACACCAACUAUGCCCAACUGGAGCAGUACUAUGAAACUAAGCUGCUAGAGUUGGUCAAGACCAUAGGGAAGCAGUACGUGGUGUGGCAGGAGAUAUUUGACAAUAAGCUGGAGGUCCUACCAGAUACAGUGAUCCACGUAUGGAAAGGUGGGGACAAUUGGCCGAAGGAAGUGUACAACAUCACCAAAGCUGGCCUCAAGACCCUCCUCUCCUCCUGCUGGUACCUCAACUACAUCAGCUAUGGUGAAGACUGGCCCAAAUACUACCAGUGUGACCCUCUGGCGUUUAAUGGUACGGCCGAGCAGCAAGCCCUAGUGGUGGGAGGGGAGGCGUGCAUUUGGGCGGAGUAUGUGGACUCUACCAACUUCCUCCCUCGUACCUGGCCCCGAGCUGGAGCCAUUGCCGAGCGACUCUGGAGCAAGACGGACUUUAGCGAUCUUCAUUCAGCAACCACUAGACUCCACAACCAUCGCUGUAGACUUAUUGUCCGUGGUAUUCCUGCCCAGCCCCCCAGUGGCCCCAGUUUCUGCCCCCAUGAGUGGGAGGAGUAACGCUGACUAUAAACACUUAAUAACUAGCUGUAUAAGUACUAGUACUGCUAGAGGACCAUAUAUACAUGUAGCAGCUCUCUACACCAAUAUAUACUUUUGUAGUAUAUAUGUGUUAAUUUUAAAACCUGCUGAUACAUGAUUACCUAUAAUACAUUUGGGUGAAAAAAUGUACUAUUGUCAAGAUU